GGCGGGGAGGGAGGAGGGGGCUGGGCUGGGCUGGGCUCUGCGCGCUCCAGGGCUGGGGGCCCCCUUGAAACCGGCUAAUUGGGGCUGAAGGGGGCCGGAGCCGCACAAAGGAGGGAGCUCCGGGACUCGGCCGGUCUGGCUGCGGGCAGGGCGCCCGGCGGCUGUCCCGGGACUCGGCUGCAGCCUCCGCAGCGCGAACUUCGCCGGGCCCAGGAGGGGCGGCUGCUCCGCGCGGCGCUCGCUCGCUCGCUCGGCCCGCCCGGGGCGCGGGAGCUCGGGGAAGGCGGCGGCGGCGGCGGCACCAUGCGCCCGUCCAGCGUCCUGCACCGCCUGGCCUCGCUGCUGCUGUGGCUGAACGUGCUGGGCCGGGGCCGGGGCCAGUUCCACGGGGAGAAGGGCAUCUCCAUCCCGGACCACGGCUUCUGCCAGCCCAUCUCCAUCCCGCUCUGCACCGACAUCGCCUACAACCAGACCAUCAUGCCCAACCUGCUGGGCCACACCAACCAGGAGGACGCGGGGCUGGAGGUGCACCAGUUCUACCCGCUGGUCAAGGUGCAGUGCUCGCCCGAGCUCAAGUUCUUCCUGUGCUCCAUGUACGCGCCGGUGUGCACGGUGCUGGAGCAGGCCAUCCCGCCCUGCCGCUCCAUCUGCGAGCGGGCGCGCCAGGGCUGCGAGGCACUCAUGAACAAGUUCGGCUUCCAGUGGCCCGAGCGCCUGCGCUGCGAGAACUUCCCCCGCCACGGGGCCGAGCAGAUCUGCGUGGGGCAGAACCACUCGGAGGACGGCGGCUCCCCGGCGCUGCUCACCAGCCCGGCGCCGCUGCCCGGCCAGGGCACCCCGGGCGCGCCGCGCUACGCCACGCCGGAGCACCCGUUCCACUGCCCGCGGGCGCUGCAGGUGCCCGGCUACCUCAACUACAAGUUCCUGGGCGAGAAGGACUGCGCGGCGCCCUGCGAGCCGGCCCGCGGCGACGGGCACAUGUUCUUCAGCCAGGAGGAGGUGCGCUUCGCCCGGCUCUGGAUCCUGGUCUGGUCCGUGCUCUGCUGCGCCUCCACCUUCUUCACCGUCACCACCUACCUGGUGGACAUGCAGCGGUUCCGCUACCCGGAGCGGCCCAUCAUCUUCCUCUCGGGCUGCUACACCAUGGUGUCGGUGGCCUACAUCGCCGGCUUCCUGCUGCAGGAGCGCGUGGUCUGCAACGAGCGGUUCCAGGAGGACGGCUACCGCACGGUGGUGCAGGGCACCAAGAAGGAGGGCUGCACCAUCCUCUUCAUGAUGCUCUACUUCUUCGGCAUGGCCAGCUCCAUCUGGUGGGUCAUCCUGUCCCUCACCUGGUUCCUGGCCGCCGGCAUGAAGUGGGGCCACGAGGCCAUCGAGGCCAACUCGCAGUACUUCCACCUGGCCGCCUGGGCCGUGCCGGCCGUCAAGACCAUCACCAUCCUGGCGCUGGGGCAGGUGGACGGGGACCUGCUGAGCGGGGUCUGCUUCGUGGGGCUGCACGGCCUGGACCCGCUGCGCGGCUUCGUGCUGGCCCCGCUCUUCGUCUACCUCUUCAUCGGCACCUCCUUCCUGCUGGCCGGCUUCGUCUCGCUCUUCCGCAUCCGCACCAUCAUGAAGCACGGCGGCACCAAGACCGAGAAGCUGGAGCGGCUCAUGGUGCGGAUCGGGGUCUUCAGCGUCCUCUACACGGUGCCCGCCACCAUCGUCAUCGCCUGCUACUUCUACGAGCAGGCUUUCCGCGAGCACUGGGAGCGCAGCUGGGUCAGCCAGCACUGCAAGAGCCUGGCCAUCCCCUGCCCGCUGCACUACGCGCCGCGCAUGGGCCCCGACUUCACCGUCUACAUGAUCAAGUACCUCAUGACCCUCAUCGUGGGCAUCACCUCGGGCUUCUGGAUCUGGUCCGGCAAGACCCUGCACUCCUGGCGCAAGUUCUACACCCGCCUGGCCCACAGCCGGCACGGCGAGACCACGGUGUGAGGCGGGCCGGGGCCGGGGCCGGGGGCCGGGGCCGGGGCGGGGGGGGAGCGUUUAAAACCAACUCUUUGGAUUCGAAUCUAACCCGCCUUCCGAUGUUAGGGUUCUGAGCGUCCACGGCGCCUUGUAAUUAGACCUGUACAUAGCAUUUGUAAAUGGAAUUUAUAUAUUUCUAUUUAAAAACCAAACGAAACCCGCAGAGAUCCGGAAACUCUUGGGGCGGAGCGGCGCGGCUCGGCUCGGCCCGGCCCGGCCCGGCCCGGCGCCUCUCUUCGGUCCUAAAGCGUCGGGCUUUUUUCCCUUUCUCGGCCUUGGCAAGAUCUCCCCUCUAAAUGGAGCCAUAGAGACGGAUUUUCUGUUUGUGUUGGCUGUGGGGGGACGUUUUCAGCUGAACUUCCAUAAAAGCCAGACCUGUAAUCGCUUUUCCCCUGAUGAGCACAGUAUGGAAGCUCUUCUGUAUUAAAGGCAGACUUCGGUUUGUGUUUUUUUUUUUUUUUUUUUAAAGUAUCCAUCUCCCUCUUUUCCCUCUUUUGGAAGUUUACCAAGAAGUUGUUUUUUUUAAUAUGAAGAGACUUAUGAAGGGGCUGCCUCCCCCUUUUAUCCCAGCAGCUGACUUGAGUGGGGUGGCCUGGUUCUGAGGAUCUGGUAAUGGUUUUUGCUAAGGCUUUUCUGCCCAACUGGAGACUCCAGUGAAAGGCACAUGGGAUUGAUUCAUGAAGAAAGCACACCCCAGUUCGGCCCUUUUAUCAACCCCCUUCUUUAACUUCCACCUGAAAACUACUUCUCUGGCACUGUACAUGUCUCUGUCCCCAAAUGCUGUGUACAGAGGUUUCUAAACUACCUGUCCUUAGUAAGCAGUCUGCUCUUUGCAAGUACAACUGAGUUUAAAAACCAACAAAACCCCAAACCCUACUUCUGAGGGUUUUCUCCUAACUCAAGAGCUGUAAUCCAAAUGAUAAAACCUUAGCAACUGCCAUUCAAGAUUUUUGUGGUGUGGUGCUCUUUCAUUCAGGUAGGCAUCAUUUUAAGCAGUAAGUGGGUUGGGAAGGAUCUUUUUACUUAUUGGGGGGGGGGGGGGGAAGGGGAGUGAAUCUCAUUUUAAAGUUACUGCUUGCAAACAAACAAAAACCCAGAGGGUUCCUGUUCCUCUACAGUGUUUGCUGAUGUGUUCUGGAAUCCUAUAUCUGAAAACUCCUAGAAAGUUUAACAGAUUUUUCUGUGAAAUAAAGGUGGAGACUCUCUCUGAUGACUCCUUGUUUGGCAGUGAAGUGGGGGGGAAAUGCCUGUUGCAGAAUUCUUAAUCAGGCCUCUUCCAACUUUUUUAUUUUUAAUUUCCAGGAUUGGCCAACGUGUUACUUUUCUUUUUUUAAUUCUAAAAGUCUUUUGUGGCUUACUGCACAAACCAUCCUCCAUGGAGGAGAAUAUUUAGAACCAGCUUUUAAAAACAAACAACAUUCUGCCACUGCGUACUUUAAACUUUGUCCCUAAUAACUACAGGAUUAGAGAGGGAAGCACUAAAAUUAAAUAUGUAGACCCUGCCCCCCAUCAAUGAAUGCUGGCUUCAGUCCUGUUUUUCACUGAUUGUAGAAUGUAUAAUGUAAAUGUUAUCCAUGUGUAAGGUUUUUAAUUCUCUAUCUUUUUAUACUGUUUAAGGGGAAGGGACUUGGAUUGAUUUCUUUGCUACCACAUCAAAUAUACUUUAGUUUGACAGCCUGCCUCUGUGUUUUGGAGAGGAACUGGGAGAGGGAGAACAUAAUGGUGCGAAUCAGAAGACAUUCUAAUGAACUGUACUGGUAAGAGGAAUAUUGAUACAAAAUUCCUUACCUCCUAGGCUUAAAAACAAAACCAAACCCCAUGAAUGCUAGAAAUAAUCGGUUCCUAACUUGAACUUUUCUUAAUUUUACUGGUAGAUUUCAGAUCCUUUGGGCUGAAAAUCUGGUUUGAUCAAAAUCAACGAAUAUUGACUUCCCUCCUCGCAAUUCAGUUUCUCACUGCUAACUGAAAAGGAGGACUUGUGGCACUUUAGAGACUAACCAAUUUAUUUGAGCAUGAGCUUUCGUGAGCUACAGCUCAUGCUCAGAUAAAUUGGUUAGUCUCUAAGGUGCCACAAGUACUCCUUUUCUUUUUGUGAAUACAGACUAACACGGCUGUUACUCUGAUCACUGCUAACUGGAGUCUGUUCUCAAAACAGCUUUAGUUAAGGAGUAAUGUGUAUGGCCUGAUUCUGUUUACUUUAACUUGCCAUCUACUCGACUGUAAUUAUAAUGUAGCUCAGUAUAUAAGAUCAUAGCUAAAACAUCACAAAACUGGGGUAGGAUGCAAAGAGUUAAACUGCAAAAUUCAUGUGUCUCUGCUAUAGAUUGUGGGGAGGAAAACAGCCCUUAGAUCUGGUUUAAUUUUCCAGGGGCAAAUGGGGGAAAUGUUUUUUUUUUUUUUUCCCCCCCCUUCCCUUGGUGGUUUGGAAAAUGACUCUUAAGAACAGUCUCAAGUAUUUAAAAAGUAAACCUUUUGCUUGCCUGCUGCUUCUAUACCUACCUCCCAUGGGGUGUUGGCUCCCCCAUCUCCUAAACCUUUCAUAGGGCUGUAACAUUUUUAAUCAAGGUGAUUUUGAUUUACUGAUCUUCCUCCCCUGCAGGGGGAAGAAUGCCCAGGGAGACACGUAGAUGCCAGCUGACGAAGGGGCGAGGGGUGUUGGGAAGGGUAAAUGUUCACCCCUGUAUUUGAUUUAACCUAUUUAAUCCCUUCCCCCCCCCCCCCCCCAGCCUGAAGAGGACUGUAGAAGGGAGUUUGGGAACAUGCUGUAAUUGCAUGUGAGCUUGUUUCAAACACCAAAGUAAGGAGUAAGUGGGGGGAGACUGUCCUAAAGGGAACCAGAUGGGAGUGGUAAGCUGUGAACAUGUGUCCUGUAUCAAACUGGCCUGCUAGAUAAAGGAGAAAUACAUUCCAGCUGUCUCUUGUGCCCUGGUCAUUAUUAGAGAGGGAGAGGGAGGGUGGGUCACUCCUGGAGCCAUUGCUAGACCUUCCUGCAUACAUGUGCCUUAGAUGGUUCUCUGCUGAGCCAGUACAAGUAAAUCCCUUGCCGACGAGCUGGACUAUUGAUCUGCAUGGCCAAGACGUGACCAGUGAUUCUGGGAGGCCUGAGGUCUAGACCCACCCUCUGAAAAUGAAAAGGAGUACUUGUGGCACCUUAGAGACUAACCAGUUUAUUUGAGCAUGAGCUUUCGUGAGCUACAGCACUUCACGAAAGCUGAUGCUCAAAUAAACUGGUUAGUCUCUAAGGUGCCACAAGUACUCCUUUUCUUUUUACGAAUACAGACUAACACGGCUGUUACUCUGAAACCUCUGAAAAUGGGGGGGCCUAUCAGGUGUCUUCCAUGAGCCACCCAAACCCACAAGCUCCUUCUGAAAAUCCUACCCUGAGCUUUGAAGGUGCAAAUGCCAGUUAAAGGGAAUGUCUUAAAAUCAGCUCCUCCUUUAAGAGGCAGGCAAGGCUCUGUGCUGCUGACACCCGAACAUGCUAAAGAAUGUAGCUCUUUGCUCUGCAUUAGGUGUCAGCCGGAUCCCUGGCUGUGGGGCGGGAAAGGCAGCACCCCCAGGGCCUGGAGCCUGCUGUUGACAGACAAGGAGUCUUCCCAUUCACUCCUUGAAAAUGUCUGUAUUUGUGCACUUUGAAAUCAGCCUUGCUAAUCAGCUGAGCUCCCCAGCAGCUGUUUCGUGUUACUCUGUUGUAGGAAGGCAUUUCAGUUUACCCCUAAGAAGAUAUAUUACACCCAACCCUGCUGGAACACCCUUCUUUUUCACAGACAAAAUGUCCUGUGCAAAUCACUAGGGGAGGAGGGGAGAUGCCCUCUCCCCCAAGGAUAGCAGGAUCUGUGUGUGCGAAGCUUUCCAGUGCCCUAGCUUAGAAAAAGAGACCCUGGAAGGGCUGUUACUUCAAAAAGUUUGCAUUGUGCUACCUUCUUUGUGAUCUUUACCGCACUGGCCCCUGCAGCCUUCUCUUGGGGUUUGGCUAGAGGGCUUCCUAGUGAAUUCAUUUGUACCACUCUGGCCAGAUUUCCACCCCACAAGAACUCGGUGCCUGUUAUCAGUGGGUGUUGCAGGGUGGUGAGUCCUGCUGAAAACCUGACCCAAAGAUUGUAGGGCUGAGAAGGAAGCAGCUUCAUUCAGUCCUUGCUUCCCAGUUUUCUGUAAACGCUUCUCUUGUUCUAAGGCUCUCGGGCAUCUCAUUUUAACCAAAUAAUUUGUAUCAUUCUUUAUGGAGUUGCAGUUUGCCAUGGACCCUACCUUGUAACUAAAUACCAGGGCCUUUCACAUGGUGGUUUUUAAGGUUAGAGUUGAAUUGGAUGGCUUUUUAAUGGGAAUGGGGGAGGGUUUUUUUCCCAGUUAAGUGUGGAAAGUUGACAGACUGGCUUUGAAAUGGAGAUUCCCCCCCCCCAACUCUCAAGAAAAGCCAGUCUGUUUAAUGCAUUAAACAUCCCAGCUGUUGUAGAGAAGGAAAAGACUAGAAAGUUUCAUCUAGUCAAGGAAGAAACAUCCCCGGGUUCAGUGGGGGGAGCGGGUUGUUCUCUCUGCUAUAAACGCUCAUCCCAGUCCAGGAAUUAUUUUAAAUAAAUAAAUUCCUUUGCACCAGACUGGAGACUGCCCAAUCAUGCAGACAAAAAGCCCUUCUUUAAAUGACUCAGUUACGAAUCAGUGCUCAGAGGAGCAUGAGGCAAUCUGAGCUGCUUAACAAACACACAACUUUUUUCCAGACAGGAAAAAGCUGGCUCUGGGCAAGGAGAAAACAGCCCCCAAAGUGAAUAUGACAGCGAAGUAAGCAGCUGAAAAAGGGGUCGGGGUGUGAGUGAGUGAGAUAAAGGGAAGUUGGGAUUCAACCCUGACUACCUAGGAUUUUGGUUCAUUCUCCCUGUCACGGCAUCAAUAGGCUUACAUCGAGGCCCUCUACCUGUCUCCUGUAGGGCUCCAGUCCUGCAGGCUCCCCCCACUUCAAGGGGGUACCCCCCAUGGACGCAGGGGUCUGAGCCUGUGCAGCAGGGACUGAGGCCUAUCUGGAUCCACCCGUUGUUAAGCUGAUCUGGGAACUGAAAUAAAGAGUGGUCUCUGAAGCAGCAAAUGCCCAGUGUUGGUGCUUUAACAAAUAACAGCCCUGGGCCAGCCAGGGGAGGGGAAGGGGGCUCUUACUUGUUGGAUGGGGGACGCAGCAUGUGGAGAGGGGGGGAUGCUCCAUGCACUGUGUGUUGCAGAGAGCAGGGACGGUGCCUGCAGUCCGGCAGAGGUGGGGUCCCUUUGAUGUGAACUAAUUAGGCCUGCAAUGUUUUCACAGCUGGCCUAGUGUGACUGGGCUCUGUGGAAGUCAAUUAAAGUGCAGCUCCAACCCCCACUUCCCAAUCAAACACCCCCCCUGAUACCAGGCCCCCCCGCAGGUCCCCAGAGAACCUCCAACUCGUCACACAGUGGCUUGUGAUGAAGGAAACUAGCCACUGGAGAGGAGAGACCCAGCAGGGUUUUCUAGGGCUGAAUAUUUGAAUCCAGAUAAUGAUGUAAAGUGUACCUUUUUAUCUAAUCCUGGGGAGGGAGGUAUUGUGUUCUUAAAGCGAUGGGCUCAGGCUGAGGGGAGCGCUAAGGAGCUAAUCGAUAUCCCAAAGUGGUGUAGAGCAGAAAUCCUGCUCCAAAGAGAAGGCCGCGUAUCUACUGGUCAUAACCCCGUGGUAGCAACUCGUCACCGGCUCACACUGGGCGUAGAACCUUUUCGUGAGUUCUGGUUUUUUUAGUUACAAAAGUGUGAUUGUCUUUAAGUUAUGUGUGUGUGUGUGUGUGUGUAAACAAAUAAAUACGUUCCCCAAUGUGCUCAGGAUCGUUUCGUGCUUCUCUAACUCUCGGCUGUGGGGGGCUGUAACAAUCCCCUGGUCCGGUGCGUGGCUUGUGCUACCCUGAAAAGCCCCAACCCUGCAACCUCUUCAGCCGGCAGGUCUCUUUGGGCAGGAGCGCGGCCUCGCUGAAGCUGAUGCAGCAGCUUCAUGAGCAAAGUUCUGUGUGAGUUUGAGGCUUAUUCGGCCUGGGAAACUGAGCGGUGGAGCUAGAGCAGCCUGCCUGCGGCUCGGCUGUAGCCGUGCUGGUGUAACCUGGGUCGUUGUCGUGCUCCCCCUACGCGGGGUAAUUAGGCUGUGUAAACAAGCGCGAAGGAUUUGUGUGCGAGGUUGGCGCUUUGUGCUUGUGAUGCCCCCAGUGGGGGUAUAAAUAAAGUUAGUCUGUGUAAGUGUU